AAAUUAGAAGUUGAACAAAUGGUUAAAAAAGCAAAAGAAAAGGGACUUUUUCUUAUGGAAGGUUAUUGGACUCGAUGUUUUCCUUUAUGGAAUGAUAUUAUGUCUAAUCAUUUAAAUAGUUUGGGCAAUACUGAACUUUUGUCUGCCGAAUUUGAAUGUCCAAUUAAUCGUGUAGAUACAACUUCUGGAAUAAAAGACGGAGGAGAAGGUUAUUUGUUAGCUUCUGGUUGUUAUUGUUUAAUGAUUGCCCAAUUAGUAUUUAAGUCAGAAAAACCUUUAGAAAUUAUUGUUAAUGGAAAAUUAAGAGAAAAUGGAUUAGAUUGUUGGGCUAAUAUUUUAAUUAAAUAUUCUGAUAAUAAAUUGGCCAGAAUUUUUUAUUCUGGGGAGCAUCGAGGUGAUGGAGAGUUAAACAUUUAUUGUGAGAAAGGGAAUAUUAGGGUAAGGAAUUUUUUAAUUUUUUAUUUUAAAAUAAUUUCUCUGAUUGAUAAUAGAUAG